UGUGAUGAUAAUUUUCAAUAACAAAAAGGGCAGCCUUUGUUGUGUUGUGAAUUUGGUAGAUGUAGAUUAGUAUUUUCUUUCCACCCUUACGAAGUGAAGUUCAAUGUUAUAAUCAGUGUGUUUUGAUACGUGAGAACCAAAAUGGAUCCAGAAACGAGCCAAGAAGUCAGGCGUGAAGAGUAUCAAGACAUUUCGGUCGAAGACUGCAUUCAUUCCAUAUCAACAUCCAGUUUAUUAACAGAAGAUCGCUUAAGGAAAAGAUUACAAUUCUAUUUCAUGAAUCCAAUAGAAAAAUGGAUAGCCAGGAGAAGAAUUCCCUACAAGUUCAUUAUACAGCUAAUCAAGAUUGUUCUAGUCACUCUGCAACUAUCGCUGUAUUCCCACACAAGAUACCAACAUGUUAACUACACUUUCGAUAAUAGAGUCUCAUUUUGCCAUUUAUUUCUUAGAGGAUGGGAUCCAACGAGAGAAAUAAAUUCCUAUCCCCCUACUGCUGGACCUUUAGCUGUGUAUGUGAUAGAAGAUUUCUAUUCUACGAUAGAUUUUGCAGUCGAAGGCUAUGCAAAUGUAGGUAAGGCAAUUGGAACCUACUCAUAUACGAAUGAAGAUAAUUCAAUGCCUGAUAUGGUCUUUUGCUUAUACAAUUAUAAAAAAGGGGACAUUUAUGGUUUUAAUGAAUCUUAUGUAUUCAAUCCAGAAAUUGUUGAAACCUGCAGCAAUAUAACAUAUGAUAAAAAGGACCCAUUUAAAGCUGAAACAUACUUUCAAAACCAAGACAUAAAAUUUUCAUCUUUAGUCAAAGCAGUAUUGAAAUUUUCACUGAAAACAGUAAAUUUCAAAUCUACAGGUAGGAUUACACCUCCUAAUUGUUACCAAUUUGACAUUAUGAUUACAUUUGAUAAUGAAGAUCAUGAUGGUCAGUUAGCAAUAAGUCUUGAGACACAACCAACAAGACUCAAUUGCAAAGGUGAUGUUGAGUAUGUAAUUGAAGAUGAAAUCGAUUCUAUAUUACGAAGCCUGCUGAAUUAUAUUAUCAUUUCGUUAUGUGCAGUUUCAUUAAUACUUUGUGUAAGAGCUAUCUGGAGGGCCAUUCAAUUGAUGAAUGUAACUAAGGAAUAUUUUCUUACUACUUUCAAUAAACCACUUAGUACCAGUGAUCGUUGGAAAUUUUUCAAUUUGUGGUUUCUGAUGAUUAUUGUGAAUGAUAUCUUGAUUAUCAUAGGCUCAUCUAUUCAACAACAAAUUGAAAGAGAUGAGUUUGUUUCUGAUCAGUGGAAUGUUUGUAGUGUAUUUUUAGGAACAGGAAGUUUGUUAGUUUGGUUUGGGGUGUUGAGAUAUUUGGGAUUCUUCAAAACAUAUAAUGUUGUUAUUUUGACAUUACAAAAAGCCUUCCCUCAAGUUGUGAGAUUUUUGAUAUGUGCAGUCCUCAUUUAUGCAGGUUUUACAUUUUGUGGUUGGCUUGUCUUAGGUCCUUAUCAUCUUAAGUUCAAAUCAUUAUCUACAACUUCGGAAUGUUUAUUUUCAUUGAUUAAUGGGGAUGAUAUGUUUGCCACUUUCUCUAUACUUGGUACAAAAUCCGAAUUGUUGUGGUGGUUUUCUAGAGUUUAUCUGUAUACAUUUAUUAGUUUGUAUAUCUACAUAAUACUCAGUUUGUUCAUUUCUGUUAUCAUGGAUGCUUAUGAGACUAUAAAAGAAUACUAUGAAAAAGGUUUUCCAAAGAGUGAUUUGCUUAUUUUUAUUGGGGAAACCAAUUUAGAUGAUGUUUCUAAUGGACUUUAUAGAACAAGGUCUACUGAUAGUUUAGGUCUCGGUUUAGGUGGUUUGUUUAAAUACUUUUUCUGCUGUAAUAGGUUCAACAAAGAAUAUAGAGUAGUUCCAGUUCCUAAAAACAGUGAAACUUCAUAAUAAUUACUCCAGAUUUUCAAUUCACUUGAG